AAGUCCUUACUUCUGUUGGAGCCUUUGGGAGCAUGACGCCUUUUAUUCAGCCCGCCUACGGUACUAGUGAAAUGCCGCAGAAUAUGUGUCGUGUUGCCGCAGUAUGGGAUGCCACCUUUGUGCUGCGACGUAGUCUACUUUUGCCCUGUUGUCAUCGGGAGAAAAGUGCUGUGGAUCGAAGCACGCCGUCGAUUGAGAUGAGCAACCGUCAGCGUGUAAAGACGAAGGUGGUAUUGGUGCCCCGCACAUUGGCCAGCCAUUUCUUGGCGUCGUCAUCAUCGUCUUCUUCUUUUUCUCCUGCUCCCGCCGAAACACUGACGGUGACGGAGCAUAAUAAUAAUAACAUUAUUAACAAUAAGGUGCGUUUCUCUCGCGUCAUUAUGGUUGCAACGACGCCGCUUGUCUCAUGGACCGCACUGCGAUCUGCCGGCUGCACGGAUGACGAAGUGGCUGGAAAAGAUGAUACGAUACAGUCGUUUCCGCCGCUCUUCCUUGCACUGUGUGAGGUACGGCCUGGUGUGGUGGUGCACAUCCAGCAGGUGAGCGCCGCCUCGGAACAGGCACCAAACGAUGGGAGUUCUGUUGUUGUGCAUUUCACAGCAAAUGCGCGGGAGAUGGGCGCGGAGGAACUGCGCCAGUUUGUUUCGCAAACAUUUGUGCGGUAUGCUUCCUCUCCAGAUGUUAAUAACUGUCAUUGGGUGGAUUCGACGGCGUUGCUCUUUCUUGCCUCCUUCACCGUGAGGGAGGAAGUGGAGGCGCUGCGGGGUUUUGUCCGUCCCGUUGCAGUUGACGGGUCCGACGUCAGUGAGACACGCAAAGCCCACCCGUACGCCGUGGAGGAAUACCGCAAGCGCCUGCGUAAACAGCGGCAGAUAUGUGGCGGGGACUCGGAUGGUGGCGAUUACUCUCCCAUCAUUUUGCCUGUGCAGACACUUUUUCCGAACCUUAUUGACGAUGGCGCGUAUCUUCGGGCAGCACGGCAGUUGUAUGACGAGGUGGUGAAGAGGCUGCAGCCACAAGAGGGCAGCGGUAAGACGUACACAUUCCUCGAACGACUACCACCGAUUUCCGGGCUGGAGUUGUGA